AUGUCGUCAACUGUAGCGUUUCUCUUGGUUGUUGCUUUGCAAAUAUGUCGGAUUGAUGCCGCGUGCUACAAUCCGGAUGGCUCUGAGAUCAAGGAUCCAGCUUAUCAGCCUUGCAAUCAAUUUGCUGGUGCAGUGUCGCAAUGCUGCGGGACAAAUCAUACGGGAGUGGUAGCCCCGGAUACGUGCCAGGCAAAUGGUCUUUGUCAGAACAAUGGAGAUUCGGUAUUUUGGAGGCAAGGGUGUACGGAUAAGACUUGGAAAAGUCCCUUCUGUUUGAAUCUAUGCACAGAUCCCAAGAAUGGCGGGGAUGCAUCAGACAAUGUGCCCGUAGGCCAGUGUAGCGAUGGGUCGUGGUGCUGUGGAGGUGUCAACGCCACAUGUUGCAACAAGAAGCAGGGGAUAGUCAUAGCAGCAACGAUCGGAAUUUCAUCAACAAGCUCUACAACAUCGACUUCGAGUUCGACAUCAAGCGGACCACUCACCAGCACCACAACGUCCUCCACGACAGCUUCGAUUGCCCCGAACCAAGCCUCCUCCAUACCAAGUCCAUCAAAGUCAAUUGUUUCAGUUACCUCUGAUGGCUUAGGCAAUGGAGCCAAGAUCGGAAUCGGCGUUGGAGUUACAGGAGUUGUGAUUGCUAUCAUAGCAGUCACGGCAUUCUUUCUCCUGCGAAGAAGGCAGAAUAAGGCAUCUGAGACUCCAACUGUCCCUCAAUACGGAGGUCACGAACAUAAUGGCGUGGCAUAUCACGAAGUCGCGGAUUCGAAGAAAUACUCUCCGGCCCAUCCCGUGGAAGUCUCUGCGUACAGAAAUCCGGUGGAAGCUCCUACGAAUGUGUAUCGAGCUGAGUUGGGGAGCUAG